AUGAAGCUCAGCAAGUCUCUACCGGAGUCCAUGCGACACACGCUGGUCAAAGCCAGCAGUGCUAUCUUCGAGCCCGUGGAGACAAUCCUCGAGAAAUCAGGGAAAACACAAAAGGCCCAGAAAUUGCGCAAACUACAGCACCAAUGUAUUGGUCUUUCUGAGGACCAGUGGCAAUAUAUCAAUGAUUACUUCGUGACUGAAGAACUGCUACAUUUAGUAUUACAAGCAAGGGAAAAAGAAUUGCAGAAUAAUAAGAAAACAAAGAGCGAACAACCUGCAAGUGACGACCUCAACGAGUUCAACAGCUACAAAGAAAAACUGAGGAAAUCUGAGCGGAAACUGGAAGCACUCAACAACGAUGUACGCUCCACCGAAGGGGUCAUGAAGCUCCUAGAAUGGAAAAUGGGACACACUCCACUGUACCGCGCUAUGAGUUUCCAGCGAUGCGAUUCAAAAUGGGGUAGGACCAUUACAAUUCACACUGAUGAUUUUGUGACUCUGGGCCAAGUUGAUUUGAUCCCGAGGGAGGCGAAAAGGUACGCGCAUUCGAAGGCUGUCUAUGAGGGGCGGAUCGAAUUCGAUCCAAGGAAGGAAAGAACGGAUAAGAUUAGUGCACGUCUUAUGAAUGCCUAUGUUUGGGGGCUGGAUGGGAGAAGAGGAUGA